AUGAAAGCAUUCGCUGUGGUCCCCGUAAGUCGCCCCGCCGCGAGCCGAACUGGCUCGCCGGGAGUGCGAUGGAUUGAACCCUCCCGGUGUGAUGUUCCCAGAUUGCGCUGGCCGUUCCUGCCUGCCCUCUCGUCACUGACUGCAUGUACCGCGCUGGCAGUGAGCAAAGGUGCAUUGUCCAGAUCGGGAAGACGGCCCCAGGCUCAAGCCAAGCCACGGAGACGCGUCGCGCUCGUGGAAGCAUCCCGUGGCAAGACAUCGCGGACAGGAGCCAGGCGUGGACUACACUCUGCCGGGCCGGUACUAAGCACCGGAACGCUCCCGGUAGGUGACGGCUUCGACCUGUACUACGAGGAGCAUGGCAGCCCCGAUGGGAUACCAGUGGUGUUUUUGCAUGGGGGCCCCGGUGCUGGCUGCUCUCGUCGCAUGGCACAGCUAUUCGACCCGGAGAAGUAUCGGGUGAUCCUCUUCGACCAGCGAGGUUGUGGCAAGAGUUCACGCAAGGACUCGGCCAAUGCAGAGGAUCAGCUUGAGGGCAACACAACUUGGCAUCUAGUCGAGGAUCUCGAGGUUCUAAGGGCUCAUUUGAAGAUCGACCGCUGGGUGGUGUGUGGAGGUUCUUGGGGAACUUGCCUCGCCCUCGCAUAUGCCUCCAAACAUCCUGCCUGUGUCCUUGGCAUGGUACUGCGUGCUGUUUUCCUCUUCCGCAACGAGGAGCUUGAGUACUUCUGCGGUCCGAAAGGCGGUGCAAGAUCUUUGGCACGGGGUGCUUGGGACAGUUUUGCUGGAUGGCUUCCAUGGGCAGAGACACGCUCUGCCCGUGCCAUUGCGGCCGCAUUUCGUCGAGCUGCCCUGGGCGAGGAUGCGUCGGUCUCACCGACCGAUGCCCUGUCAAAGUGGCGAGCUUGGGAGAACCAUCUGUUUGCACAGCGGGCCAAGAAUUUGAAGCUGCAGCCUUCAAAGUUGUCGUCAGACCUACCCGAAGCGAAAGUACCGGCAAAGCCGUGGCCAAAGCCAGGUAAGUUCAAUGUACAGGCCUUGCUUACGCUGCAUUACGUUGCCGAGCGAGGAUUCUUUCCUGAAGGCAGUGAGUUGCUUGACUCAGCUGCGGCCUUUGCUUUUCCGUUGAAGCUCGUCCACGGCCAGAACGAUUGCAUAUGUCCAGCAGUCAAUGCAGAGGACCUUGCAAGGGCAGUCGGUCCCAGUGCUGAGUUGUUACUCACAGACGGUGGCCAUUCACAGUGGGAUGUAGGGAACAUAGAUGCGUUUGUUCGUGCCACUGAUCAGGUGGCCGCUGAAUGCUUGGUUUCCUCGUGA